AACUCCCUCCCUCCCUCACUCUCUCUACUGUUUUCCAUCCUUCAGCUAACCCAAGGAAAACUAGCCACCCAACCACCACCAAUCAUUUCUCACUACUGCCACAUACUAUCGAGACUAAUAUCUCAUCAAAUCAACCCGACAACACAGUGGGCGGAGCCAGACACUGACGAGUUCCUUAACGAGUGGGAGGAGCACGAGGAGGCGGACUUUGACCCCCUGGAAUCUCCCAGGGAGCUGCUUGGGAGCUGUCUCUCUAUCAUUGUCUGUGACAGAUAUCUCCCGCUCUACCUCCGCAGACUAACGUCGUUCAGUGAGCCACUGCUCCGUGGGGUGUGUGGUCUGUGUCACCAGCUGCUGUUGGUGAGGAGACCUGGGGUCUUCCCUGCCAAGUUUCUCCAGCAACUAUCAGUGUCUCCCAACCUCCUCUCACCUCUGUGGUCCACCGUUCAGUCUGUCACCAUGGAGGGAUUCAGUGGGUCAGUCCCGGGACUCCAGUUCCUGUCCCGGGGUGGGCAGCUCCCGUCCCGAGAAGGCCGGGCCCUCGUAGAGCGACUGGGGACCUUCUCCACUCUCCUCUCCCUCUACCUCUCCACCCUUCACGACGCAGAGUUCUACGGAGAGACAUCGACGGGGGGCCAUCUCCCCUUCUCGCGUGGCCAGUUGGUAGAAAUGGUGGCUGUUCUCAGAGACGUGUAUGUCUCCCUUCACAUGGAGAAACACCUCCCCCACUCGUUAUUCCGAGCCCCUGCUCGUCUGGUUGAAAUGAAACCCUCUCCUGUUGAAUACCAGCAACUGAAACAGUGUGUCUACCAGCUGCUCUGUGGACUCCAUGAGAGAGACAGUCGGCGGCCAUUCUGUCCUCCAAGACACUGGGAGAUGGCCCACCUCUCCAAGAUCUCCUCCAUCCCUCCCGAUCUCUUCCUCGAGGCCGACGGUCAGAGUAAAAUCGUCUUUGGUUGUGUGCCUGAAUUUGUCAAGACCUUCUGAUGUCUUAGCUAUUUUUCCUUGCUGCCAUCAGUCUCUCUCUCCCUUGAUUCAAAAAAACAAAAAAACAAAAACGGCUUUAAAUUUAAUCCCCCAGUUUUAUAU